AUGGCGACUUCGUUAGCAACAGAUCACCCAUCAUUAGCUUCACAAGACAGCGAUGGACAAGAGCAGGAUCCCUUCCUUUCUAGUUCGACAAGCUCAAACCCUCAUCGAUUCUCCCAUUUCGACAACCAGCUCUUUGCCUUGAGCCCCGCCGCAUCUCCCGACCAGGCCAAGCGGGCAUUAGAAGCCCAUCUCGCCGAGACCGAACGUCGGAUUCAAGAUGCCUCAAAGCUGGGAACCACCCUCGUGCAGCAGCGGAAGGAAUUGGCAGAGCGUUUGAAAGACGUUGAGAAGCAGCAAAGUGAGGGAGACAUUACCCCCGAAUUACGCCAGAAGCUGGUCGAGAUUGAAAGGGAAUACAAUGAGCACGCAAGCCCGUCGAAGUUUGAAAGCCAGGCCACCAGCUCACCCACCAAACUCAGCGUCCCAAGCCGGAAGCAGCGAAAUCAGCCCUCCAACCGUGUCCACGAUAUUGAAUUCGCUACGGAAAUUAGUACAUCUCUCUUAUCCCAAGUUCGACAUCUACAAGCACUGUUAGCGGAGAAGGAAGAUUUGCUAAAGGCGGUCACGCUUGAAAGGUCCAAUUUGGAGAUCGAGAGAGAAGGCCUGACCGAACGCUUACGGGAACUGGAUGAGAGUGAGCAAAGGUAUAAAGACGAAAAUUGGAAUUUGGAGACACAAGUACAUGAACUUCUUGCCACGACAAAAGAGGCGGCGGAUAGGGAGCAAAAGUUGACUCAAAAUCUACAAGUGGUUCAAGCCGAGAAGUCUGCCGCACAGAAAGAGCUUGAUGAGAUCAAGCUGAGCCACGCAAAACUUUCCGAGGAGCACGUAUCCGGUCUGAAACACCAUGAUGUUGAGCUAGGAAGUGUUAAGCGAAGCAUGAUAGUGGCCGAGAAUGAGCGCGGAGCUUUGCAGCGUAAAGUCGACGAAUUAAUCGGUCAAAAUCAGGAACUUGCUAGAGCUGUCGCGGAACGACGGGGGCGAACAGAUGAACAGGAGCAAACCCGAGGGUUGACUGACGAGGACUUUGAGACCGCACGUGAUGAUAUUACUCCUGAGCACUCUCCACCACCUUCCCCUAUUAAAGGGACCCCACGCCACAGCAUGCUGGAGACAGAAACCCUCAAAAGCUCCCUGCACCAUGCUCAUCGGAUGAUCCAGAACUUGAAAGGCAACAUUCACCGCGAGAAGACCGAGAAAUUGGAAUUGAAACGGAUGCUCCAGGACGCCAGGGAUGAAUUAGAGACUCGCCGAAACGAUGGAGGACUAGGAUCCGCCAACGGGAAGAGGAAUCGUAAAGUGGACUCGAGAGAAUUCAAAAAGCCCCUAAAGCCAGGCCAGCUGGGUGGGCUGAGAAACAGCAGAAGCGAAGUUUUCGUUGAUGAUCCUGACUGGGAAGAAGAUAAUGGCAAUAUCAGCCCGAGCCGCUCAGCAGCAGCCAAUGCAGCUCGUGUUGCCACUGCUGCGGCUUCCGUGCCUAGCUCUAGUGAGCAGUUUGACACCGCCAACGAGACUAGCGAUGCUGCUUUCGAGACCGCGAACGAACGUGGCACGGAGACGGAGGAUUUCCAGACCGGCGCGGAGGAUUUAAGUGGCAGUGAUGAGUUGACAGAGACGGAGGAGGCGGCUAGUGGUACUACCCGCAACAGACCCGCGCCUCUUGCUCUCCAGAAGCCAGGAAAUCGCCACUCCUUCCAAAGCACUGCAUCAACAUCAGGGGACGAGUACAGCUAUGAGGAAGCCAAGACGCCAACUGCCCAGCCACAACCACAGCGGCUCAGACUAAAAGUCAGUCGCGGUGGUAACAGGCGCUCCAGGGUUGCUAGCGAAGAGCCUCAGUUUCAGAGCAGCCCAGCAAGUUUUGCCAACAGCAGCAGAAAUGGUACUCCCCAAGCUGCCGGCCAAAGUUUGUUUGCGGAGUUGGGUGAUAUGGGUGGCAGUGAUGAAGAUGAAUCACUGCUAGGUACACCUAGUCGUAGUGUGGCCCAUUCGCAGUCAGGAACCCCAGCAGCAUCUAGGCCAAACACCGCUAAGAACACACCUGCACCUCCUACUUCCCUACCUCCAGUUCCAAAGAUCCCAAUGGUUGAUUCCGGGAUGGUGACCGAACCAUGGGAACCGGAACCAACGACUCCACAAGCUGCUGUACCCAGUUUGGCUAUUGGUGCCAUCGCUGGUACUGCCGCUACUAAAGCGGCCGAGAUGAUUAGUGAUAAGCAUUCAUCAACAGGUACUCAGGUUCGUGCCGAAACGUCUGACGCGGCAAGCCAAUGGCAUGAUGAGCAGCUCAACAAUUUCCUUCAGGUUGGGUCCCAGGAAAGCGCCCGGCCCGUCUCCACUUCGACGUAUAGCGAUAAUGGCUCGCAAUACGAUCCUGUUGUUAUGGAUGAAAAGCUCUCCAGAUUCCCGUCUCCUCCAACUUCCGGUGCCGAAACCCCGAGGGCUACACCCCCUACAGUAUCUUCCCGGUUAACUAUGUCGUCAAUCUACUCUGAGGAUGUUGAGCCUGAGAGCCCCAGGUCUAGUUUUGCCGCUCCGUUAGCCAUGUCUACGAUCUACUCCGAGCAUGUCGAACCUGAAAGCCCUAGGUCUAUUCCUACCGCUCGGUUGACCAUGUCGUCAAUUUACUCAGAGUAUGUCGAGCCUGAAAGCCCGAAGCUGAACCCUACUGCUCCCUUGGCCAUGUCUACGAUCUACUCUGAGCAUGUAGAGCCUAUAGAGCCAGAAGUUCCAGCCACUCCCGAACCGAAACAGAUCCGGCCAAGCACCCCCAACGUUAAGCCUAUGCCUGCUCCUUUGGUAUUCUCAUCUAUUCAGUCCGUUAAUACUGAACCCAUUGAGCCGCUCUCGCCACGUAGUCCACGAAGAGAUGCUAUCAUCAUUCCAAGAGACGACCCAGAAGCCCAGUCGAUUGUGAAGGCAGAUGAUCCGGAAACCCCCAAAUCCGGUUUCCUCGGAUCUGUCUUUAGCUGGAAUAAAAAGGCGCCUGGCGCAAUGGCCAUUGCUGAAGACGAGACCAGGCAGUCACCAAGCGACUCGCCUAGGAUCGAGACCCCUGAAUCUCAGCGGCCGUUCAAAGAGUUGUCCAACAACACUAAUGAGAGAGCUGCGAAGAGUCACCGAAUAGAAACGACGGAUGAAAGUUCGCAGACUGCUUUGACAGCUGAACAGAUUGACGAAAUGCUCCGGAAUAAGAGACAGUCUGCCAUCCGUGCUGAAGAUGGUCAAAAGUCGCCUGUUUCUCCGCGUGCUACUGGUGUUCCUUUGGCGCUCCGGCCUCGGAAAUCACAGGAUAGUGUUGGGAGUACGGUUCGCGCAAGACCAUCUAGUUCUCGAAAUGGAUCGAUAUCAAGCAUCCACCCACCGCUACCCGCCGACUCUAAGCAAGUCAUCGCCGCUGCUGCCCAACGUACUGGCUCGUCGAGUGGCGGUCAAGGUACCAUAGGCGCCUCGGCUCAGCGUUCAGACUCGUCCGCCGGAGGCCCUGGUUCUAUGGGCCCUCCUCCACCACCUGCUCUUGCCAAUCGAAACAACUCGUCAUUCAGACCUCGUACACCCUCGCAGAUCCCAAAAAGCCCAUUGUUGAGAGAUGGGACAACCCCUAGACCCAUGCACUCAUCUAAUGGGCCUCGAUUGCAGUCUCCUGCUGGUACUGGAAGAUCCCGAGCCUCCUCUGUAUCCUCAUUUGCUUCUGAGCUUGAUACUCGGUUCAAUAUCAGACCGGGCAUGGCAGUACCGCAGGGCGUGGAGCCUGGUACUGACCCAAGGAUGAUCAAUGCAAUCACGCAGACAAUGAUUGGAGAAUACCUCUGGAAAUAUACCCGUAAGGCUGGUCGUGGAACAAUGUCCGAAAAGCGACAUCGCCGCUAUUUCUGGGUUCACCCAUAUACAAGAACUCUCUACUGGAGUGACCACCCAUCACAGGCAGGUAAAACGGGGAUGGCAAAGAGCGUAUCAAUCGACGCUGUAAGGGUCGUAACGGACGACAACCCUAUGCCCCCCGGGUUGCAUCGCAAGAGUUUGAUCAUCGUGACCUCUGGCCGCACUGUCAAGUUCACUGCAACGACAGGACAGCGUCACGAAACUUGGUUCAAUGCACUGUCUUACUUGCUCCUCCGAACUGGAGAAGAAGCUGUUGGGGACACGGGUUCAAUCGCCCAAGGGGCUCUGACGAGAGAAGAUGUAGCUGAAUUCAAUCCAGGGUAUGGUAACAGCAGUACACGUCGAGGCCCUACCUCGCUUUCAUCAUACAACAGCCGCACAACUCGUAAUGACUCUCCCUCGCGCAAAUCUAGUCAAGCCUCAGCGAGUCGUCCACCUCUGCAUGCCUCGACUUCCUCACGCAUGUCGAUGGGGACCCUUUCACGGCUAACCAAUUACUGGAAACCUGCAAAGGACGUUGCUCUAGGUACCUCAAAGAGCAGACACAGCAUUGGACGGAAUAGUGCAAGCAUCUACGAGGCUUCCGAGGUCCACGAUAGCGCUGAAGACUUGAGAGAAAUGAUCGAGAAACAAGAUCGGGAAUCUGAUAGGCUUGAGAAUGUACGAGCAUGUUGUGAUGGCAAACACGAUGUUGGCCAUCUACAUAGCUCAACUAAGAGUCGCCAUUCAUAUGGCAAUCGUGCACCCAGCCGAACGAGUGUCAGACGCGGAGAUUAA